AUGGCAACAUCCUAUGCGCCGCUCGUCGAUCCGCUAGGCUCCGUUCGAAGCUACGGUGCCGCUAUAUCCAGGCGAACGCGCACCGCCUCCAUGGAUGCGCAGCGCACACUCCGCGAAACACCCUCUAUCAUCAACUUUCACCCUAGUCGACGGACUAAACCACGUUCGCAGUCUGAAUCUUAUGAAGCUUAUGAACCAUUGAGGCGGCAGAGUCUUGCGACGUCAGUUGCUUCAAGCGACAAUGCUGAGGAAGCACUACUAAAAGAAGGUGCGCUGUUGCUCGAUGACAGCCCAUACGCUGAAGUGCGUGCGUGCGUCAGCAAUCAAGACGAUCAUACCUUACAAGCGGACACGAUGCGCAUGUGGUGUCUUGCACUCGCCUUUGUCGUGACUGGAAGUGCUGUCAAUCUGUUUUUCUCCCUCAGAUUCCCAGCCGUGGCCAUUACAGCACUAUUGGCCCAAUUAUUGUCGCAUCCUAUAGGAAUCGCGUGGACUCGGUAUAUGCCGGACAUCACGAUUCCCCUCAUCCAUGUUCGAGUCAAUGACCCGGACCAUCCUUGGAACGUAAAGGAACACACAUGUGUCUUUGUCGCUGCCAACGUCUCAUUUGCAUUUGCAUUCGCAACAGAUGUCUUGACGGAACAGAUCAAAUUUUAUGGCAUGAAGCCGUCGCUCAGUUACUCAAUUGCACUGGUCAUUUCGACACAAGUCAUCGGCUAUACAUUUGCUGGGCUUACACGGCAUUGGCUAGUCACGCCGAGUUCCAUGAUUUGGCCAGCGACUCUGGUCAAUUGUGCUCUCUUCCAAGUGCUACAUCCUCAACGUCUUGGUGCAGGCGAACACAUCAGCCUCGACUCGCAAUCCACUACAAAAGAAGGUGGGCUAACACGGACGCGCUUCUUUGUCUUGCUCUGUGGUGCGGCAUUCCUGUGGGCUUUCGUGCCGUCCUUCUUUGUCCCUGGCUUGAGCUACUUUGGCAUAGUCACUUGGUUCUUUCCGAAGCAAAAGACCAUCAAUACCAUCUUCGGUGUUCGGAGUGGCAUGGGCAUAUUGCCGUUUACCUUUGACUGGGCACAAAUCUCCUUCACCGGUUCUCCCAUCCUUGUUCCAGCCUGGGCAGCCCUCAACGCCCUCUUUGGUGUAGCGUGUAUGCUGUGGAUCAUGGCACCGCUCCUUUAUUUUACCAAUUCCUUUGGCUCUGCAUUUUUGCCCUUUGCAGACAGUAAUGUCUUUGACAAUACGGCACAGCACUACAACGUCUCCCGCAUCAUUACCCCUGAGGUGACAUUUUCAAAGGAAGCUUAUGAAGCGUAUUCGCCACUUUAUCUGACAGCGUCAUACAUCAUGAGCUACGUGGCAGCGUUUGCUAGCUUGUCAGCACUUGUCGUUCACUGCUAUCUUUUUUACAAGGACGACAUUAUCCGUCAAUGGCAAGCCAGCAAAACAGAAUUGAGUAGUCGCACGGGAGAUGUUCAUUCACGUCUGAUGAGACGGUAUCCAGAUGUCGACAACCGUGCCUACCUGGCCAUCUUUGUCCUUUGUCUGCUCUUGGCUCUUUGGGUUGUUGCCCAUGAAUUUGUUGGAUUGCCGUGGUAUGGGCUCCUAUUGGCGCUGUGUCUGUGUGGCGUGUUUUUCGUACCGACAGGCAUCAUCUCUGCGAUUGCAGCGCAAAACACAUCCACGGCACUGCUCUGCCAAUUAAUUUGUGGUGUUGUCUUUCCCGGUCGUCCGAUUGCCAAUCUGGUCUUUCUCAACUUUGGCUAUGUUUCCGGCAUGCAAGGGAUUCGCUUUGCGUCAGACAUGAAGAUUGGCGCGUACAUGAAGAUUCCACCGAGGUUGUUGUUCAAAGUACAGUUGAUUGCAACGCUUCUCGGCUCACUCGUACAAGUUGGCGUUCUCAAGUUUUUGCUCGCUUCAGUACCGAAUAUCUGUACGAUGGAUGCACCGAAUGGAUUGACCUGUCCUAUUGCACGCAUCCAUUUCAACUCCUCCAUCAUUUGGGGACUCAUUGGACCAGGCCGUUUAUUUGGACGUGAUGCACUCUACAGACCCAUCAUGUAUGCCUUUGCACUUGGUGCAAUCUUGCCGAUUCCCAUCUACUAUAUGAGUCGACGUAGCAAGGGCAAGGACUCGGUUUGGAAUUACUGUAAUGUACCAGUGAUGCUCAGUGCAAUGACAUGGGUCCCACCUGCUGGUGGCCUCAAUUUCUCAUCUUGGGCACUUGUUGGGUAUCUAAGUAAUCACGUCUUGAAGAGGCGACGCCCUGAUCUAUGGGGUAAGUACAAUUUUGUGGCCUCUGCAGCAUUGGAUAUGGGCUUAGCAUCUGCAUUGGUUGUUGGGUUUUUCAGCUUGGUGUAUACGAAUGUGCUGAAGGACUAUGGGCUGGAGUUUGGAAAGCAGGUGUACAAGCAGACGUGUGACUGGCAAGGAUGUACGCGCCUGCCAUUGCCGGAGAGGGGAUUCUUUGGCCGAGAUGUGUGGUAA